AUGUUUGGAUCGUCGCAGCCGUCUUCAGGUGCUGGAGGAGGGGCAGGAGCGUUUGGGAGCCUGGGAUUGGGCGCAAGUGCAGAGCAGCCGGCAAAGCGCAAGUCAAUAUUUGACAUUUCAUCCGCACAGACUACACAACCACAACCACAGCAGUCUUCGCUUUUUGGCUCCGCCUCUACUGCAGCAGCCUCAUCUACCUCAAUGUUCGCGCAAUCCACCAGCGCAGGCCAGUCCCAAGGUCUCUUCGGAGCCGUACCCGGCACUUCAGCACCAGCAAGCGGUACCUUCUCCUUUCUUGGUGGCACGGGCUCACAGCAACAGCCACAGGCUCCGCAGCAGUCGCAGCCAUCUGGCCUGGGCAGCUCCAUCUUCAGCAAUGCUCCACCAGGCCAGUCGUCCCAGCAGCAGUCGCUUGGUCAGUCCCAGGCCCGAGACCCUGCCCACUUCAACAGCUUGCUCGAAAGACAGAGGAAGCGCCAACGUUUUGGCGCCUCAAGCCAGAAUGGACGCGUCGGUCAGCUGCCUCAUCUCAACAUGGACUUGGGGGAUUUGGCUAGGCGUGCUCAGGAGAUUGGUGGGAGAGGUUCCAAGCCGGCGUUGGUGAACGGUGCAGACAGUAGAGCCCAUUACUUGCUUGCCGGGUCAGGCGUCGCACCGGGAAAAGCUACCAAAGAAUUUGAGAGACUGGAGCGAGAUGGUCAAGCACCUACGUAUCAACCUGCCGAACCAUUUGACCCGGACAACGAGAAGUACAUACGCGGUCUACAGGAACGAGGUCGGGAGGCAAUGAUUCAAGAGGCAAUCGACCGUGUGCGUCGGGACUUUGAUGCCCACCUGGAAGAAAGCUUGAGCAUCAAUUUCGAGGAGCAGAAGAAGAAAAUCAUGCAGCACUUCGGUCUCAUCGCCCGAGAUGAGGUUGCGGACGAGCCAGACGGAGCACAGCCAGACCAGGGUGGGUUUGGACACACUUCUACUGGAAAGAGGCCAUUCGAGGACUCGGCCAAAGCAUCCACUCGCAGCGUUUUUGGCAGGUCAGGUCUGGCCAAGUCGUUGAUUGGGAGUCCAGCCAUGGGCGCAAGUACGACCAGCUUCUUUGGAGAUAGCAGUGUGAACAGUGGAAAUAGCUCGUCCCUGGGCAAAGGCCAGAAUGGGCGGUUUCUACGCGACAAGGAGCGGUUCUUUCUGCAGAAAGUGCAGCAAUUGAAUGCAGCGCGGCUUCAAGAGAAGGUCUACCCUAUUCUGCGAGAGUUUGCCAUGGUCGAGGAUCAAGCUGGAGGAGACAUUCCCCACCAGCUAGUCGAUUCGUACGACGCGCUCAUUGACAUUACCAAGGAGGACGCGGAAGUGCAGAACCAGUCAGACCCUGGGGCCAUCAAAGAAAGACAAUAUUCUGAGGCCUACCUCGAUGAGAAUCCGCAUUCGCCCAAAGCCACCAAGUUGAGGAAGCAAAUCCUCCAUGGCUCGCGAGCAUAUCUCGAAAGGGCAUUCUAUCGGGAAGUCGAAUCCGUGAUUGAGAAGAAUCCUCGAGAAGCUCAACUAGGAGGCCGUCCCACCCUGAUGAACAAGAUCCGCGCCUACAUUCGUGUUCGAGCUUCCCGAAAAGAUCUUGCCCCCGAUGGAACAGAGCUACAACAGAUUGGGGAUAAUGGCGACUAUUGCUGGAUCAUCAUCUUCUAUCUUCUGAGAUGCGGGUUCGUCAGACAGGCUGUCGAAUAUGUCAGCAACGACCCUGCUUUCCAGUCGACGGAUCGAAAGUUCAUCUCGUACCUGACCAACUACGCCAGCAGCCCCGAGCGGAGACUGUCGAGAAAACUGCAAGACAUGAUCAACGGCGAGUAUCAGCAGCGUCUGCGGAACGCACCGGAAAACACUCUCGAUCCAUAUCGCAUGGCCUGUUACAAGAUGGUGGGUCGCUGCGACCUGAACCGACGCAACCUCGACACCAUUGGUCAGGGUGUGGAGGACUGGAUAUGGCUGCAGUUCAACCUGGCGCGCGAGGUAGACCGGGCUGAGGAGAUCUCGGGCGAAACCUUUGGGCUGGAUCAGAUCUGUGAGACCGUGCAAGAGAUCGGACAAAAGCAUUUCCAGAAAGGUCAAGCCGAGGCGAGUGGUGGAUACGGGAUUUACUUUUUCAUGCAGAUGCUGGCUGGCAUGUUCGAGGCUGCUGUGGCUUAUCUCCAUUCCCAUAAUCCUGUCAGUGCGGUCCAUGUGGCAAUCGCCCUCUCCUACUAUGGUCUGCUACGGGUGUCGGAUUACUCUGUGGCCGGCAAUGAACUUGGCGCAGAUCAACUUUGUGCCGCUGGUGGCGUAUUACACUGCGUCGUUCCGAACCGCAUUGCCCGUGGCUGCCGUCGAUUACCUCGUCCUCAUCUGCCUCCACUCGGAUCUGCCUGCCACGAAUGUCUGCGCCAACUCUGUCUGGAGACACGUGAAUUUGCGCAGCUUCUCGGCGACAUCCGCACUGAUGGCAGUCGAAUCCCCGGCGCCAUUGAACAACAGGGCAGACUCAUCAAGCUCGACAGCCAUGGCGACUUUCUCAAGGCCGUCACCAUGCAAGCUGCCGCCAUCGCAGACGAACGAUGCCAGGUCGCUGAUGCCGUCCUCCUCUACCAUCUCUGCGAGGAUUAUGAUAAUGUUGUCCGCAUCCUCAACUCUGCUCUGGCUGACGCUGUGACGCUCGACCUGGGCGAAGCACAGAUGCAGCUGCAGCCGCUGAAGCCACGCUCGGAGCAGCCUUCAGCCGCGAAUGGAAAUACAGAAAGCAAAACUGGCGCACAACAUGAUCUCCCUCUACAAUUCCAACGCCCUCUACUAUAA